GACUAGACCAAAAUCCAAAAUGACCAAGUUUGGAGAACGGAAAACGGCUCAGAUUUUAGCUAACGAGUAGGCUAACUCCGCGUUUCUUUUCGACGAUCUUUGGCUGGGAUGUCACUUUGGCGCCGAAUAUUUGUCAUUCUGCAGCGCGGGAGUUGGUUGAUGUAUUUGUAUGUGGAUGUUGGACCCUGUGCUGUAAUUUAACCAUUAGUCUUAAUCUAGUAUCUAUCAGGUGAAGGACGAAUUUGAAGACAACAUGCAGCGGAGCAUCGCAUCCUUCUUUCAGCCCAAGUGCAAGGACAAGGAUAUGCAGAAGAAAUCCACAGAUGGACCAGUGAAAAAACCUGUGAAAAGCCCUCUGAAGGUGCAGAACGGUGUUCAGAAGGCUGAUUCACCCGUCACCAAGAAGGUUGCCAAACGCAGCCGUCAGAUCCUGGACAGCGACGAUGACGACGCUCCGGUCGUUAAAGAGCAGGUCGCCACCAAGGCACACGGAGACAAAGAAGCUCUUGGUAAAACAGAAAAGAAGGAUGCUGUCUUUACGGCAGUUCCCACCCCCCUGUCUCCUCCACCUGCCCCGGCCACUCCUGUAACUCCCGCUACUCCAUCCACCCUGGCUUCUUCGGCUUCACCCGGGACCCCUGGCACCCCAAACUCCAUCUCCCCUUCUGGCAUCGUUAAACGCAAGACUGCGAGGAAGAUGUUCCCCAAGAGGAAGCUGGAUGAGAGCAGGAGCGGCAGUGAGAGUCAGAAAGACGAAGCCGAGGCCAAGGAGGAGCAGGGUCAGCAAAACAAACGCGCCCGUGUGGAGAACAGCGCCAGCAGCACAGGGAACACAGACGAGCCCAUGGAGGAGGACGCAAAGGAAGAGAGAGUUGAAAAGGCAGUGGCCGUGGCUAACAGCCCAGAUGAGGAGGAGGUGAAGAAGAAGAAGGAGAGAGAGGAAGAAGAGAAGGCCAAGGAGGAGGAGCGGGUGAAGCCAACGAGCUCUGAUGAGAAGGAAAAAAAAGCUGAGGGGGUGGAAAAUGAAGAGGAAGCAAAGGAGAAGACAGAUGAUGAGAAAAGGCCUGCCGUUGCCAAGAAGAAGGAGGCGGUUGAAAAGGACACGCGAGAGGGAGAAGGGAGCCCAAAAAGUCAAACGGCGAGAAAGCAGAAAGAAGCAAAAGAGCAGAAAGAUAAGGAGCCGCCCAAGAAAGCCCCCAUCAGCAGUUUCUUUGCUCCAAGAAAAGCUGCAGUGAAGACGGAGAAAGCAGAGGAGAGUGAAGGGGAGAAAAAGACGAGUGCAGAGAGGAAGCCCUCAGCAGAGGACAGUAAAGACACGAAAAGUGAGUCGACCUCCGGACAAACAGACUACGAUCCGUCCAGGCCCAAAUACCAUCCUGUGGACCAUGCCUGCUGGAAGCAGGGCCAAAAAGUGCCGUACUUGGCGGUGGCUCGCACCUUUGAGAAGAUUGAAGAGGACUCUGGCAGGCUGAGAAACAUCGAGACGCUGUCGAACCUGCUUCGCUCCGUGCUACUGCUCUCUCCAGAUGACCUGUUGUGCUGUGUGUACCUGUGUUUGAACCAGCUCGGUCCUGCCUACCUGGGGAUGGAGCUUGGUGUUGGAGAGACGGUGCUAAUGAAAGCUGUUGCUCAAGCAACUGGGCGACAAUUGGACAAAAUCAAGGCAGAGGCGCAGGAGAAAGGAGAUUUGGGCCUUGUGGCCGAGAGUUCCCGUAGCAACCAGCGCAUGAUGUUUCAGCCGGCCAGUCUGACAGCAGGGGGCGUGUUCAGGAAAUUGAAGGAAAUUGCGAGCAUGAGUGGGAACUCGGCCAUGAAUAAGAAAAUCGACAUCAUCAAAGGCCUCUUUGUGGCGUGCCGCUUUUCCGAGGCCCGCUAUAUAGUCAGGUCCCUGGCUGGGAAGCUGAGGAUAGGCCUGGCUGAGCAGAGUGUCCUAUCUGCACUGAGCCAGGCUGUGUGCCUGACCCCCCCUGGACAAGGUUUCCCUCCCGCUGUGAUCGACGCAGGGAAGGGUAUGAGCACUGAGAGCAGGCGGGCCUGGAUCGAAGAGAAGAGUCUCAUUCUCAAACAGACUUACUGCGAGAUGCCCAAUUACGACGUCAUCGUCCCCGUUCUGCUAAAAGAAGGCAUAGACGAGCUACCCAAUCACUGCAAGCUCACUCCAGGUGUGCCGUUGAGACCCAUGUUGGCCCACCCCACCAAGGGUGUCGGUGAGGUGAUGAAGAGGUUUGACGAGGCGGCGUUCACCUGCGAGUACAAAUACGAUGGAGAGCGAGCACAGAUUCACAUUCUGGAGAGUGGCGAGGUACGCGUAUUCAGCCGCAACCAGGAAGACAACACCAGCAAAUACCCCGAUAUCCUCUCUCGCAUUCCCAAGGUGAAGAAGGACUCUGUGGUGUCGUGCGUCCUGGACUCAGAGGCGGUGGCCUGGGAUCGGGAGAAGAAACAGAUCCAGCCCUUCCAGGUCCUCACCACCCGCAAGAGAAAGGACGUGGAUGCUUCUGAGAUCAAAGUCCAGGUGUGCGUGUACGCCUUUGACCUGCUCUAUCUCAACGGCGAGUCGCUGGUGCGACAGCCGUUGAGUCGGCGUCGGGCUCUGCUGAAAGAAAGCUUCUCAGAGGUGGAGGGAGAGUUUGUGUUCGCCCGAUCCAUCGACUCCGACAACACCGACGCCAUCGCAGAGUUCCUGGAGCAGUCUGUCCGAGACUCCUGCGAGGGUCUAAUGGUGAAAACUCUGGAGAAGGAUGCCACCUAUGAAAUUGCCAAGCGCUCUCACAACUGGCUCAAGCUGAAGAAAGACUACCUGGACGGCGUGGGCGACACAGUCGACCUGUGUGUGAUCGGCGCCUACCUGGGAAAAGGCAAGAGGACAGGCACCUACGGGGGCUUCCUGCUGGCCUGCUACGACGAGGACAACGAGGAGUUCCAGUCAGUCUGCAAGAUCGGGACAGGCUUCAAGGAUGAAGAUCUGGAGCAGCAUUACAAGUUCUUAAAGGAGCACAUUCUGCCCAAGCCCCGUGCCUACUACCGCAUCGACCAAUCAGCAGAGCCCGAUGUGUGGCUGGACGCCGUGCAGGUUUGGGAGGUGAAGUGCGCCGACCUGUCGCUGUCGCCCGUCUACAAGGCUGCUAUGGGAAUGGUGGAUCCAGAAAAGGGCAUUUCUCUGAGGUUCCCUCGCUUCCUUCGGAUCAGAGACGACAAGAAGCCCGAGGACGCCACGACCGGAGCUCAGAUUGCUGAUUUGUACAAGAAGCAGCAGCAGAUUCAGAACCAGGGUGAGAAAGCGGACCCAGAGGACUACUACUGAUCAAUUGUAGUCAUCAGCAGAGAAUAAUUAAUAAUGGCAAUUUCAAAAUUAAUUGUAAAUAGCUUCUUUUCUAUAUGUAAUGUCAAAUGAAAAUAAAGGCUCUUUGCCAGUUUUAAGCA